AUGGCCUACUUCCAGGACCCUUGGGCAAAGCACCACGCCUGGCGCAACCAUGCGCUGUUCACGCGCAGAGCUCGUAUCGGCACCAUGUUCCCCGGUCUCGGCAUUGCGACCGUCGCCUUUGCCGCCUACCUCGGAUACGAAUACGUGACCGCCCCCAAGGAGACUCAUCAUGAACACUCUGAGGGUCACGCCCACCACUAA